GUCGUGCAUGCAGUCGGAGUCGCCCUUCUGUCGCAUCGCAGUCAAAAUCUGUUCGUCUUUCAUUUCUCGCGUGUUUGGGGUCUGGUUGGCACUUUUAUCCGCGUUACCUUGUGCUAGCCUCCAGUAGUAAGGAAACGUAAUCCAACCUAGUGCUUCUACUGAAGGCCCACCUACGGUGUCUAUUUUCCUCCAUCCAAACCAGGUGAAGUGCACGUAAAAUAAGCAACAAUGUCCGAUCCAGUGGAAAAUGGUUCUACGGUUGUUGAGUCCGGAGAAGCUCCGGUCAAGACGGAAAAGCAGCUCAAAAAGGAAGCAGAAAAGGCUGCCAAGCUGGCUAAGUUGCAGGAAAAGAUGAACAAGAAACAACAACAAGCGGAACAGGCCGCUGCUAAGCCCAAGGCCGAGAAAAAAGCAAAGGAGACGACGAAAGAGGCCAUCGUGUACAAAGGAAACACCAAGGAAGGCGAGAAGAAAGAUUUGUCGGGUCCCUUCCCGGAAGCCUAUAGUCCGCAGUACGUCGAAGCUGCCUGGUACAGCUGGUGGGAAAAGGAAGGUUUCUUCAAGCCUGAAUAUGCACGCAAGGAGAGCAACCCCAAGGGUCAGUUUGUUAUGGUUAUUCCGCCGCCCAAUGUGACUGGUUCGCUACAUUUGGGUCACGCGCUGACCAACGCCAUCGAGGAUUGCAUCACUCGUUGGCACCGGAUGAAGGGACGCACUGCAUUGUGGGUGCCGGGCUGCGAUCACGCCGGUAUCGCCACCCAGGUCGUGGUGGAGAAGAAACUGUGGCGUGAGCAAAAACAAACACGCCACGAUUUGGGACGCGAGAAGUUUAUCGAAAAGAUUUGGCAAUGGCGAAAUGAGAAGGGCGAUCGCAUCUAUCAUCAGUUGAAGAAGCUGGGUUCGUCGUACGAUUGGACCAGGGCCUGCUUCACGAUGGAUCCCAAGCUGUGCAAGGCCGUCACUGAGGCGUUUGUUCGGCUUCAUGAGCGAGGAAUGAUCUACAGGAGCAACAGGUUGGGCAACUGGUCUUGCGCGUUGCGAUCGGCCAUUUCUGAUAUUGAAGUUGAUAAGGUUGAAAUCCCCGGCCGGACAUUGUUGGUCAUUCCGGGAUAUACCGAGAAAGUUGAAUUCGGAGUACUGGUGUCGUUUGCCUACAAAGUGGACGGUAGUGACGAAGAGAUCGUCGUGGCGACCACUCGAGUGGAGACGAUGCUGGGAGAUACGGCCGUUGCCGUUCAUCCAAAAGACGAACGUUACAAGCAUCUGCAUGGAAAGUUUGUUGUGCAUCCGUUUUGCGAUAGAAAAUUGCCGAUUGUGUGUGACGAUUUCGUUGAAAUGGGAUUCGGAACAGGCGCCGUGAAAAUUACCCCGGCGCACGAUCCGAAUGAUUAUGAAGUUGGUAAACGACACAAUUUGCCGUUUAUUACUAUUUUCACGGACGAUGGCUUCAUCACCGGAGAGUAUGGAGAGUUCACUGGAAUGAAAAGAUUCGAUGCGAGAAAGGCUGUUUUGGCCGCUCUCCAGACUAAAGGUCUCUACAAGGAAACUGUCGAUAAUCCGAUGGUCGUCCCGAUUUGUUCUCGUUCAAAGGAUGUCGUGGAACCGCUGAUCAAACCCCAGUGGUACGUCAAGUGUGACGAAAUGGCUAAGAACGCAACGGAAGCUGUACGAUCUGGAGAGCUGAAGAUCACUCCAGAAGUGCAUAAGAAGACUUGGUACCACUGGAUGGAUGAAAUCCGUGAUUGGUGUGUUUCGCGGCAGCUUUGGUGGGGCCACAGAAUCCCGGCCUAUCAUGCUUCGUUCAAAGAUGCUAGCCAGAAGCCGGCUGAUGUGGAUGCGGAAUCAUUGUGGUUCGUUGGUCGAACCGAGGAAGAAGCCUUAGAAAAAGCAGCAAAGGAGCUAAAAGUGCCCAAGGAGGCACUCGCUUUGAAGCAGGACGAAGACGUUUUGGACACUUGGUUUAGCUCUGGCCUGUUCCCAUUCUCCGUUUUUGGCUGGCCAGACAACACUGAUGAUCUGAAGCUGUUUUACCCUACCUCGCUGCUGGAGACGGGGCACGAUAUUUUGUUCUUCUGGGUCGCACGCAUGGUGUUCUUUGGCCAGACUCUGCUCGGAAAGCUUCCAUUCCGCGAGGUAUUCCUGCAUCCUAUGGUUCGAGAUGCCCACGGCCGUAAAAUGUCCAAAUCGCUAGGAAAUGUGAUUGAUCCGAUGGAUGUGAUUACGGGAAUAACAUUGGAAGGGCUGCAUCUCCAGUUAUUGGAUUCUAAUCUGGAUCCAAGGGAGGUUGAGAAGGCCAAGGCUGGUCAAAAGCAGGACUAUCCGAAUGGCAUUCCGGAGUGUGGAACCGACGCUAUGCGCUUUGCCCUUUGCGCCUACAACACCCAGGGUCGGGACAUCAAUUUAGACAUCAUGCGUGUCCAGGGUUAUCGGUUCUUCUGCAAUAAGUUGUGGAAUGCGACCAAAUUCGCUUUGAUGUAUUUCACCGGGGAGGAGCGCUAUGAUGCUUUGCAGGAAUUGACCGGUUCCGAGAGCAACAUUGACCGGUGGAUUUUGUCCCGUUUGGCCAAUUGUAUCGACGUUUCCAACAAAGGCUUUGAGAAGUAUGAAUUCGCCCAAACAACCAGUGCAUGUUACGAUUUUUGGUUGUACGAUCUGUGCGACGUCUAUUUGGAAUGCUUGAAGCCGGUGUUUCAAACUGGUUCCGAAGAAGUGAAGGCUAAUGCCCGAAAGACGCUCUAUACCUGCUUGAAUCUCGGUCUGAAACUGCUGUCGCCGUUUAUGCCGUUCAUUACCGAGGAACUGUACCAGCGUCUGCCGCGUGCCGAUGUGGAACAGGUGGCAAGUAUUUGCGUGGCUUCGUAUCCAGAGGUGGAAAGCUGCGUAUGGCUCAACGAGCAACUUGAGAAGGACUUUGAAUUCGUGCAGCGUGUGGCCAAGGUUAUCCGAUCUGCUCGAAGUGACUACAACUUACCGAACAAGACGAAGACCGAAGCGUUCGUGAUGUGCAGCGACGAUGCUACAAAGGCGACUUUGGAGCAAUUCUCUGGAGAUUUAACAACUAUGUCCUAUUCUGAGAUCAAACUUAUCAGCGCUUCGCCCCCAGCUGGCUGCGCUAUUUUGACUGUGUCCGGUGCGUGCGUUGUUCAUUUGCUGUUGAAGGGUCUUAUCGAGCCUGAGAAGGAAGUGGAAAAACUUAACAAGAAGAAAGACAACUUGAGCUUCACCGUUGACAAAUUGGAACAGGCCAUGGCAACCGCCGAUUAUGAAACCAAGGUCCCAGAGGAGGUGCGGAAGAACAACCUGGAAAAACUGGACCAGUCCAAAAUCGAAAUCGAACGUAUCAUUGCAGCAAUAGAGACCUUGAAGUUGAUGUAAGUCACGCCGCAUGCGCGAUCAAGGAGUCGAAGAACCUAAACAUUUCAAUUUAAAAGCAUUUUCGUGUUAGGCUUCUGAAUACUAAAAAUGACUAUUACGAUGCAAGUUUACUUUAAGCCGAAGAAUAAUUUAUUAUUGCCGCUAAAUAUUUAAUUAGAAAGCGUUGCGAAUAGACACGUACACAAUAAUAUCAACACAGUUGAAAUAAAUUAUUAAGCAAAGCCAGCAAAA